AAGUAAAACUGCGGCUAGUCACGAAAGUGAUAUCGAACGUGCGACUGUUUCCGAACGUUUGUGCUCUGACUUCUGAGUUCUGACGUUUAGAACUUGUGAAAAUACUUGUUGUCAAAAUCUAUUUUCCAAAGUGCUGAAAAGUGCGAAAACAUGAUAGAAGAAACGAAGCAAAAAACUUUUCUUGGAUUCGAUUUUAGUACACAAAGGUUAAAAGCAUUAGCAAUCGGUGAGGAUUUUGUGAUACAGCAUGAGGCAGAUGUGGAAUUCGAUGUUGACUUACCAGAAUUUAGAACAUCAGGUGGUGUGGUCCGUGGUGAGCGGGGUGAGGUGACUGCACCCCCUUUACUAUGGGUUAAGGCCUUGGAUAUGGUACUGGAUAGAUUAAUAGUUGCAGGUGUCGACUUUUCUAACGUAGAAGCAUUAUCAGGAGCUGGACAGCAACAUGGUUCAGUCUGGUGGGCCAAAGGUGCAGAGAAUAAGCUAGGCAGUCUGUCACCUGAUGACUUCCUCCAUACACAAUUAGCUACAGCAUUCCUCACAAAUUCUCCUGUGUGGAUGGACUCAAGUACAUCAGCUGAAUGCCGGGCUUUAGAGGAGGCAGUUGGUGGUAAACAGAAACUAGCUGAAAUCACUGGAUCAACAGCAUAUGAGAGGUUUACAGGACCACAAAUAAAGAAGAUGUAUAAUACUAAGCCCAGGGUAUACCAGGCAGCUGAAAAGAUAUCUCUAGUUUCUUCUUUUGCCUGUUCACUGUUUCUUGGUAAAAUUGCACCUAUUGACCUCUCCGAUGGCUCCGGAAUGAACUUGCUAGAUAUCCACAAGAAGACCUGGUGUGAAACUGCUUUAAAGGCAUGUGGUGAUGAAACUUUAGCUGAUAAAUUAGGUGAACCAGUGCCUUCAUUUACAUGUUUAGGAGAUAUUUCACCAUAUUAUGUGCAGCGAUAUGGAUUCAAGCCUGAUUGUAAAGUUAUAGCCUUCACUGGAGACAACUGCUCUGCUCUUGCAGGCCUCAGAUUACAAGAAGGUUGGGUAGGUCUCAGUCUAGGCACUAGUGACACGCUAGUGCUAGGUCUGGGCGAGCCCAGUGCUCCGCUAGCCGCUCACGUGCUAGUGGGUCCCACCAAGUCCGUGCCGUACAUGGCCCUGCUGUGCUUCGCGAACGGCUCUCUGACGCGCCAGGCACACAGAGACCGGCUCGCUGGCGCCAGCUGGGACGCCUUCAAUGAGCUGCUGCAGUCCACUGUUAGGGGCAACAUGGGAUAUAUGGGUAUCUACUACGACACCCCGGAGAUUCUACCGCGGGCGGGGGCGGGGCGGUGGGUGGAGGACGCGCGGGGGGCGGCGGUGCAGCCUGCGCCGCAGCUCGAGGCGCGCGCGUUGCUCGAGGGACAGGCGCUCGCGAGGAGGGCUCACGCUGAGGAUAUGAACCUCAAGUUGCACAAGCAAUCGCGCCUGGUGGCGACGGGCGGCGCGUCCGUCAACAAGCACCUGCUGCAGAUAUUCGCCGACGUCUUCCACGCACCAGUCUACGUACAGGAUCAGCACGCAAACGCGGCGCUGCUUGGUGCGGCGAUCCGCGCCGCCGAGGUGUGGGCUGAAACUAAAGGCGUGCAGUUGAAAGGUUCCGAGCUGACCGUAUCUCCGGUGGCAACUCCGUACGCCGACGCCGAGACUAUAUACACGCCCAUGUUGGAGCGAUACAGGAGAAUGAUCGAGAACAUUCCUAAACUAGAAUAAUGCGCUUUUACCUAUACAAAGUUCCAUUAGGCUUAUCUCAUGACAAACAUUCCUCAUUUUACUGCGAGUAGAUGUGCAAUAUUUAUAGCAAUUUUUAUAUUUAUACUAUAUAUACAAAGUUUUCUA